GACGAAAAGGACUGAACCUCUAAUAAAUACAUCUGAUUAAAAUCGUGAGGCAUUUCAUGUUUAAAACCUCGCUAUUGGAAAUGCUAGACGGGAGAAUAUUGUUUAUGAAUACACUGUACGAUACCUUGCAGACAGUUUUGAUCAUGGUUUUGAUAUAUAAAACGAAAGGGCAAAGAACGAAAUGAUAGCGAUCAUGCUGCAUGCAUUACGUGCGUGCAGUGUGUGUGCCGCAUGAACACAUAUAUAGUUAGAUUCCGACUGGUUACCACAAGCAGGAAAUUUCCGGUACAAAUCUACCAGGCAGUACACACCCAAGGCCGUCAGACCCACUAGGCCUACUACUGCUAGCAUGCAAACCACAAAAAUCGCGAUUUGAGGUUUUCUAGCUGGCGUUUCUUCGAGGAAUCUGGGUCCGAAGUACAGGCUCUUUCUUGUGUGAUCGAAGACGAUACACAUUGCUAACGCAUGACUGGACUGGCACGUCGGCCAUUGGCACGCUGCGUGAAGAACCCAUAGGGCGAUUCAUAACGUACGUGUUGCUAUGCACAGAAUUAGAACCGUACCACGUGCGCGCAUGCUGAGAAGAAGGAAUUGACAGUUUUUGUUUGUCUUUCAAAUUCGUCGCCAUUUUUUUGUUUAGUUUAAGCGGUCUUUUGUUUUGAACAACGUUUACCAGUACCAGAGACUUUCCCUGUGGAUUACUGAAAGACUUUAUUGCAAAGAUGGGCGGGAAAAUGAGUAAAAAGAACAAGUCUUAUAACAUGACUGGCGGCAAAGAUGAGGUCGGAGGAGGAUCGCCGGUAGACGACGGAGGUUCGACUCCAGAAGGGGGUGAAGUCACCGUCACAGGAGUGAAAAAGACGGCAGAAGAAACCCCAAAUGAGAGCCCAUCUGCUGCUGCCGAGACCAAGUCAGAGGAGCCUGCCCCGGCCUCCACUCCAGGCGAGACUAAAGAAAGCACCGAGAGCAGUAAAGAAGCUGCCGCUGGAGAACCCACAUCAGCAGCUGGGGAAGAGUCUAGACAAACAGACGAACAGAAGUCUGAGGCAGAGCCAACCAAAUUAGAAACUGUAACUUCAGAGGUGGCCCCUGAACCGGCGGAAAGUAAAGAGGCAGAGGCCCCUGAACCAGCAGAAACCAAAGAAGUGGCCAAUGAACAGGCAGACAGUAAAGAGGUGGCCCCUGAACCAGCAGAAAGAAAAGAAGAGCCUGCUGCUACUGAACCAACAGAAACUAAAGAAGAGCCAGCCUCAGAACCAGCAGAAAGUAAAGCGGUGGCCCCUGAACCAGUAGAGAGUAAACAAGAGGAGGUCCCUGCUCAGACACAAGAAGAAAAGCCUGCAGAAGCUGAGGCACAAGAGGUGGUGGCCCCAGAACCAGCAGAAAGUCAAACGCCGCAAGGCCCUGAACCAGCACAAGAAAAACCAGCAGAAACUGAAGUGCAACCUGUAACAGAAGAUGUCCAAUCAGGAGACAGUAAAAAAGAGGAGGUGGCCCCUGAACAGGCACAAGCUGAGGAACCCUUGACUAUCACUGAGACCCAGGAGGCAGCACCAGAAGAGUCUGCAGAGAGCAAAGGGGAGGCAGCUGCGACCACACAAUCGGAGGAGAAACCAGAGGAAGUGCCUCAGCCUGCUUCAGAAGAACCAGUCACUGAACCAGAACUAGCCGAAGAAAAAAAAGAGGAGGCUAAGGAGGAGGAGCCAGCAGCGCCAGCCGAGCCCGAGGUGAAAGCUGAGACUGCCCCAGAGGUGGAGUCGGCCCCGACACCAGAGCCUGCCGAGACGGAAACCAAGACCUCAGAGGAGGCGGCGCCAGCAGCUGAUGAGGCUGAGACCAAGGAGCAGACCAAGGAGGUUGAGGAGGAGGCAGCAGCUCCAGAGAAAGAGGCCAAGGGUGAGGAGGCUGAGCCGGCCCCCGCCGAUGACACCGCGGCAGCUGCUGCUGCUGAUGAUGCCCCAGCAGAGGAACAGCCAACUUCUGAAGAGCCUGCCGCCGAUGAGCCCAGCCCAGCAGCCGAAGAACCAAAGACGGAGGAGUCCACAUCUGACCCACCACAGGCAGACGCCGCAGGUGAUGCGCCGGCACCCGAGGCUGAAGCAGAGACUAACCAUGAAGUGGGACCCGGCGGUGACGAGGUGGCAGCUGAGGAGGAGACUAAGCAGGAGGGGGAAGAGAGUAGUAGCCUGAAGCAAGAGGCGUCUGGUGCCGAGACUAACGGGCCUGAGACUGUGGAGGCGGCAGAAUAAUAUCGGAGGGCAGUUUUUCAUUUUCCGAACCAGUGCAAGCACUGUGUGCAUCACCCGUGUGUACAAAUUUGUAAGCAGAAGUGCACAACCCAUCUCCCUUCAAGAAUGUUCCAAGAAAGAAUGGCGCGACAACAAAAGACUGAACAAGAAAGUUAUGGAGCUGUAACCUUAUACUGCUGGAAAUGGUCUAGUAAAUUACUUGUAUGUAAUUACUGGGCUGGGUUCUUAGUCAGAAAAAAACCCACAGAAUACCCUUGAUAUAUACGCUGAUUUUUUUGGAGGUACAUUUUUGGAGUGCUACCCUCAAUACAAUGAUUUUGGUGAGUGUUCAAAGAACAUCGUUUUCAAAAUGCUGCCUUGAAUGAAAUUGACGUUGAUUUGUGAUUAUUAUAUUAUUUCAGUCAUAACAAUUCUGCUUGGUGGCUCUUUUUAAGAAUAAAAGUAAGAAUCAUGUGGCUCUAAAAAUCUGUCAUAAAAAAUGACACUCAGAAGAGCUUUUUGUCCAUGUAAGACACACACAAUGUAAGACACACGCAAUCUAAGACACACACAGUGCACCCUUUAGCACUUGUAUUACAUUGUAUUACAUUGUGUUUACUCCUCCAUAAAUUCAUGAAACCAUAGAGUGCUGGGGCGGGAUGGUUUAGGGCAAUAUAAGGGCUAAUUGGCAUUGUAUAAAAGUGAACAGUGCUUAAAACUGUACAGAACUUCAUUUGGGCCAGUUUCUACCCCGGGCCCCCCCCCCCCCCCCCCAAAAAAAAACAUAAGUAAAUGGAGGAGAUGGAUGAUCCAGUAUUGAGUGUAUAUUAUAAUGCAGUUUGUGAACGAUAAUAAUAUUGGCAAAGCUGCCAAUUAAGUUCUGUGCUUGAUAAACACACGCCCACUUUAUAAGCUGGGAUAGUGUGCAUGUGAAUAUGAGUGAUUCACUAUACAGUGCGCCACCAAGUGUUUCCCUCAAAAGUGCCACGUGUCAUGGUCGAUAUCCUGUAGUUAUUCAUCUGUACUUAUUCAUCUGUACUGUUGUAAAGCACUACUGAAACACAAAAUGCUAUGAGCCCUUGUAGAAACACUUUUCUGUUAAUAUUCACACACAAAAACACUCUUAAAUCACAUGCGACAAAAGGUACAGAGUACUUUGAAAAAGAAACUUAGUUUGGCGCACAGAUGUGGACUUUUCUGUGUUGACUUGUGUGGGCACUGUAUUGUGAAUUUGUCCUAUUUGAGAUAUCGCGUAGUACUUAUAAAUAUAUAAAACUUAGCCGAAGUAGGUCUAGAUGGUAGAAAACUGCUUACCAUAGAACCUAGUAUAAAAUGUAUUGUAGUCAAUCAGUGGAGAAAUUGAGAUGUUACUUCCAUGGCAAGUGGACUUUUUGAGACUUUUUUAUAGCAUUACUUGGCUGAACUAUAAUCUUUAAUAACUGUAGUAAGAGUGUUGCAUAUGGCACUGUAGCUUUUCACGUAAAAUUGUGAUUCCUAUUUUUUUGUCACUUGUUUUAUCCACAAGUUAUCAGUGCCUUCCACAAGUGCGUAAACAAUUUUUGCAAUGCAAUUUUAUUUUUACCGAAAUUAAACAUUAAAAAAAAUACAGUACAAAAUGGCAAGAUGCAGGUGAAUUUUUAAUUAAGCCGUCCCGAUCAAAUUUGUACCAUUUUGUGGAUGCAACUGUUGUGUUUUAUAAGAGCUGCAUUUGUUAAAUAGUUUGAUGCAAGUACUGACGUUUAGUCUCUUUAUCUAAACAUGACUCGGGUUCUUUUUGUAUUAUGCUUCACAAUUUGAAGCAGGAUAUUUUUUAUCUUUUUGGCAUAGUCAAUCCAAAAUAGCUGCAGAAUUUAAAUCAAAAUAAAAGGUGGUGAUUUCUGUGGAAGAUUUUUUUCACGGCAAUUUAAAGGCACUUUUCACUUUGCACAUUUUCGCGAUGAAUUGGCAGUCGUGUUCAAUCCAGUAUGUAAUUGCAGGGUUCCUGGCACUUUAUGAAAACAAAAAAUUCCCCGAGUUUUCCUUGAACUUUCCAAGAGAAAUUAACAAGAAUAUCCGAGAGAAAUAGUUCCACUUAACAAGAUUUCUGGGAAGUCAAGAGGUGGUUGUAGCAAAACAUAUUCAUACUUCAUAAACACUAAAAAGCCACCCUGGCCAAUCAAGGGACACAAUUAACUUGGACACAUGGCACAAGACACACACGCCAACUUUCCCUUCUGGGUCACUGUCAAAUUCCCCGAGUUUUCCCUGAUAUUUGGUGUGGAAAAAUAGAAAGUCGUGAAGUGUGAUGUCAUUUGAAGCCAGAAGUUACUGGGGUUAACCGGUUUAAACACCAAUAACAACUGGACUAAACAUAUGUGGUUGCAAAAGACCUUGAUGAAAAACUGUCAGAUUUACAACCAUAAUGUCCAUGCACACAUAUCUGUCAUGAAAACAGAACAGGAAUGUUUUUAUGGGGUCCACUUGCUGUAUCUAUAUCAGCCAUCUUGGGUGAAUAUGCCAGUAGUUGUGCCACCAUGCAUUGCGGGGUAGAUUUGGCCAGAACAAUUUGCAUAAUGUCUGUUGUGGUAUACUUUUCUAUUGUAUCUAUUUUUGGUGGCCAUAAUCACUGAUACCAGCAUGGCGAGGUACAUCUUUCGUAUCACACCUGACCUGAAGAGACAGGACUGCCUGAUAGCGGCAUUAUUUUAUCCAUUUUUAUGCAAAUGUAUUGAAGUUAAGUGAUAAUAUAGGAAUUGACAGUUAAUAGUAAAUUUACAAAUUGGAAAUAUCUAAAUUAGCAUCACUGUUAUAAUGAUGACUUUUAGUUUUGAAGUACUCCUAUGCACAAGGUAUUGUAUAAAUUAUACUCAGUACUGAAGAACAAAAAAAAUUGUUUUAAUAUUAGUAACUUGAGGAGUAAUAGCACGAACAAAUGUGAAAAAAAGGCAAAAUUAAAAGAUAAAAAUUUACACAGGCAGUAAUUUGAGCAACGCUAAUAGAGUAAUGAAACUAUACAACUGAUGUCUUGUAAUAUGUAUUAAAAAAUGAUGUAAAAAUUACCCCAAUUUUUGAAAAUGGCAUCAUGUAAUAGGCAAUGUGCUGUAUUGGCUCGAGGCAAGAAAAG